AUCUCUACUGGGCAUACGAAGCCGUUUGGGCGUGGUGCUGAACACGCACUCCCUCGUGCACCGUGCUCGCAAACAGCACUUGCCCAAACAGCCUGUGAAGGCUAUACGGGGUGGGGGGGGGGGGUCUUUGGCUUUGUCUUUGCAGACGGGUGCACUGGUCCUAUCGUUGCCUAAACGAGUUAAAUAUAUCCCACGCCGGGCGUGCGUUCAGAGUGAAUAGGUAAAUAUAUAAAUAAAUGAGCCAUCUCACAGCCACGAAGCGUCGAGUUUCCGCGGAGGCAAUUCAUUCUCGCCGAGGCGUGGAAGCGCGCCGCGCUUGCGUCUCUCUCCGUCUCGGUCUAGACCCCAGCUAGACGAACCCUCCUCUGCCUCUCUCGCUCUCUCUCGCACGCCUACCCCUCCACUCACUCGCCUACCCUUCCCCCCCACGCCUACCCCUCCACUCGCCUCAAGCACAAUCACCGUCAUCUGGGAGUGUCUCGUCACUUGUUCGUUCUCACCGUUGGUAGCCGCGAUGAGUUCCUACUGCUGCUACAUACAUACAUUCUACGUGUAUAUGUCUUCUCUUUAGCACUGAGCUUUGAGCUCAUUCAUUCAGUGCGCUCUGGUUUGUUUCUACCGCUGCUGCUACCGCUGCUGCAGAAGCAGUUGCUCCUGCUGCUGCUGCUGCCGCUGCUGGUCGUGAUACAGCUACCGCUGCUGCUGCUAGUACUACUGCUGCUACUGCUACCGCUGUUGCUAGUGCUACCGCUGUUGCUAGUGCUACCGCUGUUGCUAGUACUACCGCUGAUAUACUACCGCUGCUGCUGAUAGUACUACUGUUGCUAGUGCUACCGCUGGUAGUACUACCGCUGAUAUACUACCGCUGCUAGUGCUACCGCUGCUGCUGAUAGUACUACCGCUGCUGCUGCUACUGCUGCUGCUGCUAGUGCUACCGCUGCUAGUACCACCACCGCUGCUACAACUACCGCUGCUAGUGCUGUCGCUGCUAGUACCACCACCGCUGCUACAACUACCGCUGCUAGUGCUACCGCUGCUGCUGAUAGUACUACUGCUGCUAGUGCUGUCGCUGCUAGUACUACCGCUGAUAUACUACCGCUGCUAGUGCUGCCGCUGCUGCUGCUGCUAGUACUACUGCUGCUAGUGCUACCGCUGCUAGUACCACCACCGCUGCUACAACUACCGCUGCUAGUGCUGCCGCUGCUGCUGAUAGUACUACUGCUGCUAGUGCUGCCGCUGCUAGUACCACCACCGCUGCUACAACUACCGCUGCUAGUGCUGCCGCUGCUGCUGCUAGUGCUACCGCUGCUAGUACCACCACCGCUGCUACAACUACUACCGCUGCUAGUGCUGCCGCCGCUGCUGGGGCAAUGAAGUGGCAGGCGGUGCUGGUGCUGCUGGCCGUGGUGCUGGUGUACCUGGUGGCAGGUGCUCUAGUCUUCCAAGCGCUGGAGCAGCCGUUUGAGAUGAGCCAGCGCUCGUCCAUGAACGCCGAGAGGGUGGACUUCCUCGUCAAGCACGAGUGCGUGAGCCGACACGAGAUGAUGUCCCUCAUACAGCACGUGAAAGAUGCCAUCAGCGCCGGCGUGGACCCUCUCGCCAACAACACGAACCACAGCAGCAGCCUGUGGGAUUUAGGAAGCGCCUUCUUCUUCGCCGGGACGGUGCUCACCACGAUAGGCUACGGCAACGUGUCGCCCAGCACGGACUGGGGCCGCAUCUUCUGCACGGCGUACGCGCUCGUGGGCAUCCCCAUCUUCGGCUUCCUCCUCGCCGGCGUCGGCGACCAGCUGGGGACCAUCUUCGGCAAGGCCAUCGCGCGUGUCGAGAAGGUCUUCAUGAAGUGGCACGUGAGCGCCACGUGGAUCCGGGUGAUCUCCACGAUCAUCUUCAUCAUGAUGGGAUGCGGCCUCUUCGUGGUGCUACCCACCAUCAUCUUCAUGCACAUCGAGCUGUGGACGCCGCUGGAGGCCAUCUACUUCGUGGUCAUCACGCUCACCACCAUCGGCUUCGGAGACUACGUGGCAGGCGGCAACCGCGACAUCGUGUACCGCGAGUGGUACAAGCCGCUCGUGUGGUUCUGGAUCCUCCUGGGCAUGGCCUACUUUGCUGCCAUUCUCAGCAUGAUCGGGGACUGGCUCCGCAAGCUGUCGGAGAAGACGCGCAAUGAGAUGGGCGGCAUCUCGGCGCACGCCUCCCAGUGGACGGCCGAUUUCAAGGAGUCGGGAAGCCGCUUCACGGGCGGCAUUCACGACAAGCUGAAGGCGGCCAGCACCGCGCUGCCUGGCCAGCGAAUGCCGGGCUCCUUCAAGCGCAAGCCGAAUGGUGCUGGCGCCGCGGACGGCGACCAGCUCGAUCAGCUCAGCGGCGGCGAACAGUCUGGCAGCGAGGGCGCCGCUUCUCCUCCUCCUCACCCCCCUUUUCCAAAUGAGAACGGCCGGCCAGGACGAUACGGCCCAAGCCGGCACGGGCCCGGCGUUCUGGCCCGGCUGGCAGAAUCCAGACUCGCCGGACGACGCCGGCGCAAAAAUGCUCACCAAGGCGCUCGGCCGGAAGGCGUCGACUAAGAACCCGGCGGCUCACGUCGGCAACAACGGUGCCGUGGAGCGAGAGUCGCCCGAGCGCAAGCCACCGUUCGCGCUUCCCGAGUCGGACCUGGACGACGCAACGCAGACCCCGGCGCUCGAGAGGGCCAACCGGAAGGGGACGCGGGUCAGGGCCGGCUUUGCGGAUGACGAGAAGGAGCCGAGAGCCACGGCUGUGUGAAAUUUACUUUGUAGACAACAGCGUGUGUGUUUGCCGUCACUCACUCCCUCUUAUUUUCCACUGCACACCCGAGCAGGUGACGCGGCCGUGCCAAGCCACGGGCUGGCUGGGGAGGGGCCAGGUUGUUUUCCACUGCAGAAGCUGAGCCGUGCCAUUGUCAUUGCACGCGGUUAUUGAGUCGAGACAAUAUGUAGGUGACGCGGUGAUGCUGCAUUUGAGCCCUACUGAUUGACGUCGCACGCGAUGAAUGCGUAAUUAUCUCUGGCCCUGCUUGGCCCCGAGCCAGAUUCGUGUCUCGCGAGGCCAGCGUAUGUCACCGAUUUGAUUCCGGCUCGGCACGCCAAAUAACCGGUGGACAAAAAAUAAACCACGCGUACAAUCAGGGCACCGCGCCGCUAUGGCUCGCACGUGCCAGUGGGAAAAAUGGGUACGAGUGACGUGAUUUAUUAAGAGUGAGUGCUGUCUCUUAGAGGCCGAGUGCGACGCAUGCUGGCGCAUUGCAUGGUGCCCAUUACGACGUGGUGCUUGCUGCGAUUGCCAAGCGUGGCCCCGCUACCUUCAGCGAGAGGUGCGCAAACCCUUCCGGAAAGCGCCUCGGUUUUGACCUUCUUGCGAAGGUCAGACUUUGUUUACUCAUUUCAAGAAGUUAGGAAAUCAUCGUUGCCCUGCACGGACCUGUUCGUCAGCUGGGUGCUGAUGGUGAAUGAUGGGGGAACUACGGUUUUCAGCCACAGUUUUAGUUGUCCCUUAAAUAAGUAAUAGUUAAAAAAACAAAAAAAAACACGCUUUAAUGAAAUGUACCCUACGAGUAAUGGAAGAACUCCACGACUCCAGAAAGUGGCCCCGAGGCUUGCCAUGACGUAAGGGACCGUGGUGAUUUACAGCCAACGUCAGUUGAGCGUGGACAAUUAGACCCAAGCCGAAACAUAACAUGUAAAAAAGAUUGUAAAAAAAACGUUUAUUUUAUUUUUUAUGAUAGAAUAUAGUAUUGUCAUCAGUAUGACAUAAGUAUACCAAGUUUGCAGUCGAUACCACCUUGGUAAGUGGGUUAAAAUUGAGUUACAAGAUUUGAGGAUACAACGACAACAACAACAGAGUGAGUUAAUAGAAAGCGUGUAAAAAGAGACAUUCUCAAUUGCCUCCCAAAUUGGAUUUAAAAUGCAUUACUCGAUGUAAGGUGCUUUGUUGCAAGUAUUAUCUGGGGUAAUGGGAGGGAUAUGUAGCCUGGAUGAAGGCAAAACACGAAUAAUGCAAAACAUGAUAGUCAGGUUGUAAAUUUUUUGUUGGUUUAUCGCCGUAGAAUGGCGGUGAAGACGUACAACACUUCACCUGUUUUUAUUGCUCAUUACAGGACAUUAAUCCCUCGUUUAACGCGGCAGUAGGUGCAUUCCUGAAAAUCACCGCGUUAAGCAAAGGGACACGCGAGCCAAAAAAACAAUUUCCUCGUAAGAAAUCAUGUAAAAGAUGUGGUUUUGCGAGAUACGAUGUACGCAGUAAGACGGCGUGACGAAAGAAGCGAGAUGAGGGUACGCCUGCGUACUCUGUCAUUCCGCGUGCAUACCCAGAAUUCUCACAAUCCCACAGCUGCCGCAGCUCAAGAAAGUAGUUCGUCACUGGCCGCUCAGAAACCGCGUUAUAACGUUGCGCGUUCCUCCUAAUAAUAAUUUAAAUUUACAACGCGCAUUUCAUCCUGGGAUCUUAAUGGAAAAACCGCGUUAUAUCGAAGAUGCUUUGAGUGAAAACUCGUGAAGUGAGGACUUACUGGAAUCGGUUUACUUCUUCGCGUGCUUGCAUUCAUGUGCGCUACAAGACACUGACCCUCGACGAGUGAAGAGCAGCACAUACUUAAAGGAGUGUGAGUGUAAAGGUAUUUUUGUUGUACAUUUUUCGGAUUAUGUGCCCAUAGAUUACCAAGAGCAGAGGAGAAACUCCUCUGAUCCGCAGCGGUGUGGGGCACGAACACUGAGGAUCACUAUUAUCCCCAGGAAAAGAAACGUGGAUAAUUUUGCGGAUAAUAGGACGCAUUUCCCAUUCAAGCACCUUUUACCUGCGAUUCUUUUUUUGGUGGAUAAUAGGAGUGACGAUCUAUGUUCUCGAUGUGCAUGCUGGGAAAAAGGGGCCGGUGAAUAGAAGAGCAUACCGGGGAACCGGGCCUCUAAAAUCAGGAUGGGAAAAUCCACGAAUAAUAAGAAAAAUAGGUGAUUUAAUUUAGUUGUUUUUCACUUUUUUAUUUUAUUAUUAUUUUCACCUACGUGACUUUACCGAAAGAACCAAAGAGUAUGGAUCCUUGCAGUCACGAAAACUUCAAAUCUAGAAGAAAAGUAGGGUUGCGGAUGUGAGGAGGUAUCCUGUAGUUAGAUUGUAUGAGCGGUGGGAACAGCAGCAAUCGGGAGGCUCGUGAAUGUGUUGAUUAACGAGUGGUGCAGGUAAACUCUCAGCAGGGAGCGGAAGGGUUGCGGUUCUUGGAAGGAACGGGGGUCAUGUCGACCGGCACAUACUCCUCUAUAAAUAUCACCUUGCACGGAGGGAUCAUUGAACACCAUCGACAUUUUCACGCGUGUGCAAGCGGUGCGCUAGCAGGGAGAAUGGUGAAGCCUAACGUUAAGCUUUAAUUUUAAAAAAUGUAAUACCAAAAGCUCGAUUUUUUUAUUCGUCUUCAAGAAUCGACAUUUUUACGUGCUCUUUCUGGGGAGAAGAGGCCGAGGAGAGGGAGAUAAUUAAGAUUCGUACCCUAUGGAUGCUAUUGAAAAUUAUGCUAAAGUGGAACGAUCCCGAAGUAAUGUAGCUGGAUACUUUUCACCCAUGGACAGUUACACCAAUUGGGAUAUACGCAUUGAAAAUUUUAUGAAUGCGGGCAAUCUUUGGUCUAAUCAUGGAGUGGCUUUUUACUCGGGUAUAAUACACCAAGUCGGACUGUAAUUCCAUAAUUCCUUGCUCGGUGGACACUUUGUGCUCAUAAAGAGACUGUGGUGUCAGAAUUACUCAGACGAACCGAAUGUUUAGAGCACGCUGAGAUUGGCAAUGCUACAUACAGUUCCGUGUAUGUGUUAAAUCAUUGACUAAUCCAUGAAAUAAUCUACAGUUUCUCAAUCUAUUGAUAAACUACCUUCAGCAGGACACCCUGUAUGUAUCGCUGUAUUCUCCGGAGGAUGAUAUGCAAUUUGGCCCCUGUGUUAUGAAGGAAAUUUGGGGUUGUGUUAAACUUGGGCAUAUGUAUGUAUGGACUUCUUUUGCACCGUACGUAUCCAACCAUGUGAGACCAGAUCUGUGUAACUUUAUCGACACAAGUUUGGAGUGCAUUUUACUUUCCGGAGCAUCUUAUAAUCCGGUGAAUACGGUAUUAGGAUAAAUGUUGUGAGGUCACCUGAAUUGUGGGACUACCCCCCCCCCCCCUGUAGCGCUAUGCGUUAUUGCACUAUUCAGCCUCUUUCGUUAUUCGCUCAUAAAUGUUUUUUUUGUAAUAAUUUGUUUUUAUUGAACUGAUGUACAUUGUUGCUCGUGUUAUUGUUGCAAUGUAAUAUUGCUGCACAAUAAUUGUACCUUACGACACUGUGAUUAAAACGCACAGAUGUGAAGAGA